UUGACUUUGGGCGGAAGCGGCUUUGUAGCCUAGGAGAAGCGAGAUGGGGGUGAAGCUGGAGGUGUUUCGGGGGAAUCGAUUCCAAGUAAUGAGGAUUCCAGGGUCUGAAGAUGCUCCAGGGAUCUAACGGACGGAUGACACUCUACCUCACCUUCCCUGUGGCUAUGUUCUGGAUCGCCAAUCAGGCCGAAUGGUUUGAAGACUAUGUCAUACAGCGUAAGAGGGAGCUGUGGCCACCUGAGAGGGAAGACCAGCGCCGGGAGCUAGAAGAAUUCAAAGAGAAGAUACGGAAGCAGCGGGAGGAGAAGCUCCUUCGUGCUGCCCAGCAGAGCUCCUGAAUCUUAGCCCGUCCACCCAAGAAAAUACACAUACACGGUUUCUUGUUU